AUGGCGGUCUGCGAGGAGCACGAACCCUACCAGCGCGGGGGGGACUCCCAUGGUCGCCUCGAUGGAACUCCCAGUCUGCGCGACGACUCGCCAUCUGAAGAAUCAUGUCGGAGAGCUGGUUCUGGGACGAAGCGAUCGGUCCUGGAUGCGGCCCUCGACUGGCUGCCGGACUGGCCAGCGUGGGUUCGGCGCACCGCGCGCCGGCUCCUGCCAGAGCCUGCCUGCGAGUCGGAGCACAAGGUGCUUCUCGUGGUCGGUGAGUGCGGAGACGGCAAGAGUACGCUGAUCAACGCGCUCCGGGAUCCGAAGCGCAGCGGCCUGGCCGAAGCUGGCCUUCACUCGCGAGGUAUCACCAAAGAGAUCACAGCCUACGUGGGGAAGCCCAUCAAUCGAGUUCCCAUCGACUACUUGGACACGCCGGGCGUCGGGGACACGGACGUGACACCCAUGAAGGUUCUCACCAUGAUCGAGCAGGAGCUCAUGACGGAUGAGCUGGGAGGGCACGACUCCAUCGAUGGUGUCAUCGUCACCACCCCAAUCCCGGAUGGCCGCGUCAAGCUGGGCGCACAGGUUGUGCAACUACUGGUCGAGCAUGGCUUUCUUGGCGAGGAGAAGUGGCGCAACAUCAUCCUCGUGGGAACCAAAGCCGACCGCGCCACGCAGGAGGAGCUUGAGCUUUUCCGUACCGACCGCCGUGAUGUGCAGGGCCACCCAGUCGGGGUCGCAGCCCAGUUCUUCAGUGCUGCCCCAGGAGGGCGGGGUACCUGUGUCACCACAGCUCUGAACAACUACGACGAGCUGCGCAAGGCCAUCGCUGCCCUGCCGGACGCGAAAGUCAAGUACGCCACUCCUGAUCCUACCUUUAUGGCCGAGAAGUUUUCAGACAAGCUCGGCGUUUCGAAGGACGUCUUUACAGCGGAGCUCGUGCAAGCGCGGAAGGACCAUGGCUUCCAGGGCUUCUAG